AUGAUGGACCAGGAAGAGGAGGAUGGGGGCUCGGCCUCCUGCGACAAGUUGCUGCCCAAGAAGGUGCUGGUGGGCGGGAGGGUCCGAGUGCCUAACCCAGCCCCAGGGCAGAGGUCAGGGCUCUUAGUGCUGACCCCCUGUGAGGCGGGCUCCCCAGACCAGGAGGGCUUCUUCAACCUGCUGAGCCACGUGCAGGGCGGCCGGAUGGAGGAGCAGCGCUGCUCACUGCAGGCGGGGCCGGGCCCAGCCUCCCAGGGCCGUGAGAGCGGGCAGGGAGAGAGCGGCCCUGCACCCGAGAUGGACAGUCUCAUGGACAUGCUGGCCAGUACCCAGGGCCGCCGCAUGGAUGACCAGCGUGUGACAGUCAGCGCCUUGCCUGGUUUCCAGCCCCUGGGCCCCAAGGAUGGAGUACAGAAACGAGCCGGGACCCUCAGCCCCCAACCCCUCCUCACCCCUCAGGAUCCGACUGCACUCAGCUUCCGUCGAAACAGCAGCCCCCAGCCCCAGACACAAGCCCCAUGAGGGCCUGAGGCGUCCUGGGCCCCACU